AUGGGUUAUUACCUUGCUGAUGGUAUAUACCCGCAAUGGGCAACACUGGUUCAAACAAUUUCUUCUCCCCAAGGAGCAAAGAGACAACAUUUUGCAAUGAUGCAAGAGUCUGCUAGGAAAGAUGUCGAGCGGGCAUUCGGAGUCCUCCAAUCUCGAUUCGCAAUUAUAGGUGGUGCUGUACGUUUUUGGGAUCCAAAAAUGCUUGCCAACAUAAUGAAGACUUGCAUUAUAUUACACAAUAUGAUUGUUGAAGAUGAGAGGGAGGAGCACCUUGAUUUUGAUUAUGAAAUUUCAUCUACCAACACACCAGUGCAACUUUCCUCUACUCCUACCAAUGACUUUGAAUCAUUUUUGUCUCGUCAUUUAGGUAUUAGGGAUAAAAAUGCAUAUCAUGCCCUCCGUAAUGAUUUAAUAGAACAUAUGUGGCAUCUUCGCGGUGAAAACUAG